UUAUUUUUAAAGUUAGAGUUCGGAAGUAGUAGUGGCAUUCAUUAGCUUUACAGUGUACCGGUGUUGUAGCCAUGUGUCUCUAAACUGCAACAGUGGUGGAUACUGUAAAGUUGGAACCAAAUGGACCAAUAACCGCCGUAGAAACAUCAGCUUGAACAUGGAGCCUUCAUCAUCAUCAGCAGCAGCAACAACAAGCAGCAGAGAGAAAAGAAAGCACGGUGUCCCCACAGCACAUGAGACGGCCAAGAGGUUAAAAACUGAGCAGGAAAGUGAGGGGGUGGAGGAGGGUCCACAUAUGCCCCGCUUACCGAGGAUCUCUGUGCUGCUCGACCGCCUCCAACAUCCAAUUACACUGAAUGAGCUGACAGAGCUGCUGCAUUAUGCCGCUCUGGGGAAGACAGGUGGCAUCAAACAGCCCAGUUGGUGUCGUCUCCACCACCAGAGGAAAGUUAAAAGUGUGAAUGUUGUCAUCGUGCAGGGUCUGACCCAGAGUCACUUCUACAAACACUACCUCACCAUGAGACACCUCAGGACCAACUACAGCUCUAGGGUCACCUUCACUCCAUCAUCUGAUAACGUGGCAUCUCGAAUCUUCGGCAGUGAAGUUCCUAAAUCAGACGAUCCAUCACAUUCCCAAAUACGCAACGACAGUGGAUUACACACAGCACUGCGGACUCACCCAGUAAUCACCAAGUUUGGGACGCAGAGGAGAGGACUGACUGCGUACGUAAUCACCCAGGAGGAGAUGAUCAAAAGACACUUCCCUGUCAAAGGAAUGCCAGGUUUUGAAGAAUUUGUGUGUACAGACAGCGUUGACUGUGUGACUGACAGCAGCCCUCUGUAUGGACUUGACUGUGAAAUGUGUCUAACAGAAAAGGGAUACGAGCUGACUCGUGUUUCUCUGGUGGAUAGUGAUGGGAACUGUGUACUGGACGAUCUGGUGAAACCUCAGAACCGCAUCUUCAACUACCUCACCAAGUUCUCUGGCAUCACCGCGGCGAUGUUGCAACCGAUCACGACCACCCUGCGGGACGUUCAGGAAAAGAUCAAGGCGCUGUUGCCGCGGGAUGCUGUUCUGGUCGGCCAUUCACUCGACAGCGACCUCAUGGCUCUGAAACUGAUCCACCAGCAUGUAAUCGACACCUCACUGCUGUACAGGAAAGAGUUUGGACAGAGGUUUAAGCUCAAAGUCUUGGCAGAGACAGUGCUGAAGAGGCAAAUACAGACUGAAGAGCAGCAGGGUCAUUGUUCCAUUGAGGAUGCUGUGGCAGCCCUGCAGCUGGCUCAGUACUUUAUUAAAACAGGACCUCGUCAGGUUGUAGAGAAUUAUCUGGAGGAGCUGUGGGGAUACAGAAUAGAGGAGGAGUUCACCGACUGUGCAUCUGCAUCCACACCAAGCCACAGGUUUGCCAACAUUUUACAGACACUCGGCCAGUCAGUGGCCUUUUUAGGGAAGCGCUCUGACGUAGCCCUGGAUCUGUCCAAUCAGCAGUGGCACAGCUCUGACAAAGAGGUGUUGGCCUCCUUCACGGAGAAAGCCCAAGUGUCCGUUCCUCUCGGUGCUCCAGUUCUCCUCCUUCUCAGACCACCUGAAGGACUGUGGUCCUUGUCAGGAGCUGCAGUACAAGAGGGUGAGUCGCUCAUUCAAAACAUCUUGAAUUUAAAAUGGCAGAGUGUGUGCGCAAACCUUCGUGAUUUGUGUGUAGUAUUUGCAGGGCCGUUCCCUGUAGGUUUCUCUGAGAGGGAGGUGAAGCGGCUUUUUCGUUGCUGUGGACCCGUUCGGAAAAUCAAAAUGCUGAUCACGACUGUCAGGGUCCAUGCAGAGGUAGAGUUCGAGCUGCUGGAGGGAGCUGUGCUGGCAUUAAAAACUCUGAAUGGAUUUCAUUUGCAGGGACAGUCCAUCAAGGUCCAGAGACCUGUUUAUGAGUCAACGCUGGACCUGGAUCUGACUCUUGAUGCUUUGAUGGGUGACACUCUCAACACCAGUCACCUCUAUGCUGUUAAAUUAAAGCCCAGUAUGGCUGACCGCAUAAACAUUCCUACAAAGGCCAAUGGACACACAUUAGACAUUAAAACAGCAAAUCAGAUGCUCCCUGCUAAAGCAAACGGUAAACAGUUGAAACUCACCACCACAAAGUCUGAACUCUCACAGGAAACAAUCAGAGAGACGUUCAGUCACUUUGGGACGGUGGAGAGAAUCAUCCUGCCUGCCAAACCUGGAAAACAUGCAAGACAUGCAUUCAUUAAGUUUGAGAGUUCAGAGGGCAAAUGGGCAGCCCUCAGCUCCACUGAGGAUCUCUUGAAGGACGACUACAUCAUCUGUCCAUCGCUGACUCCGCCCCACUUGGGUUCAUGGGUUUCCGGUACAACAACGCAGUCGACAGUGGAUGCUGAGGGGGAAGACAAGGAGAGGACGCACAUGCACACCACCUGUCAGGAGCAGGAAGUGGAGCUCAUGAUGAGGAAGUUGGACCGCCGCCUCAGGAAGCUCUUCAGAUCUCUCCCAGACUAUACCUUGUCUGUGGUUGUGCUGCUUGGACAUACCAGUGCUCAAGGCCACUUUCCUGGUUUGUGCUUUAUGGAGGUGAAGAAAGGGGAGAACAGUGAUCCAGCUGUACAAGCAUAAGCCUGCACUAACAAAAUCUCUUCCACUGCAAUGAUGACGGAUCCUGUGGAUCACCUAUACCAGCUGAAACCCAUGAAGAUAAAAAUAUGAAAAAGAAAAAAAAUGAAAAAUAAAAUACCACUGACUUUGUAUUUUAGUAAAACCCCCUUUAUGUCUUUACAUCUCCUGCAACCUUGCACACACAGCUAACAUCAAGGCUAAGGGCACAGUAGACAUUUGGCAGGAGAUUGCCAAGCUGAAGGCAGAGGUGCUGGAGCUGAUUCUCAGAUCCAUGAGUUUUAGGAAGAGGCCUGUGCAUAAGCAUAAAAUGGUAAAACAAACAAAAACUUGCAAUUAAAUUCAUUAUAGUCAAAUGACUAUGAAGGCACAAGUCUACAAAAUAAAUAACUAGAGGGAGACAAUCAAAGAUGCUUGGCCAAUUAUGCAAGUUUUACCUUUGCGUGCAAAAUGUUUCCACUUCAUCAUUUUAUCCUUUGAAAUUGUAUGAAAUUUUGUCAUAAUUAAAGAUUGAAUUGUUGAGAUGUGCUUUGUGAGGCCACAGUGACCUUGACCUUUCACCACCAAAUCCUAAUCAGUUCAACUGAACAUUUGUGCCAAAUUGGAAGAAAUUCCCUCAAGGUGUUCCUGAGAUAGUGGUCAUGAGAAUGGAACAGAUGGACAGAUGAACAUCCCCAUAACAGAAUGCCAACGUAGAACUAGUAAAAGUUCCUAGAACAAUAUUUAAGUGUCUGUCUAUUAAAGAACUGCUCUAAAUGUGAGAGGUUACAGUGCAGUGACUAACAAUGGAGAAUGCUCCUCAGUUCAACUGAUCAGUUUGACAGAGGAUACAGAAACAGGGAUACUAAGAAACAUUCUUUAAUUUUUUCCCUUUAAGGAAAUAUUUAAGGAUUUUUAAACUUUAUCUUAUACAAAAAUGUAUACGUCAUCUUAACGUUUACACCUUUUGCAUUGGAACAUACUUUGACAUUGUUGCAGAUUGACACAGUUACAAAACAUUUAACACAAAAGUAAAGAAAAACAAUUCUGUACAAAAAAAAAAAAAAACACAA